UGUCCCACAAUGCCCCACAGCCCCGCCCCACUCCGCCGAGGCCCCGCCCCACUCCGCCGAGACCCCGCCGGGCGGCGCCGCGACCCCUGCCCGCCGCCCGCGGCCAGGCCGGCUGUGUGGGCCGGGCGCCAUGCGGAGGGGCGAGCGCAGGGCCGCCGGGGGCUCGCGGCCCGGAUCGCCGCUGCUCGAGGGCCGCCGCAGCACCGAGUCCGAGGUCUACGACGACGGCACCAAUACUUUCUUCUGGCGAGCCCAUACCUUAACUGUGCUGUUCAUCCUCACCUGUGCACUGGGCUACGUGACUCUCCUGGAAGAAACACCUCAAGAUACAGCCUACAACACUAAGAGAGGUAUUGUGGCCAGUAUUUUGGUUUUCUUAUGUUUUGGAGUCACACAAGCCAAAGAUGGGCCAUUUUCCAGACCUCAUCCAGCUUAUUGGCGGUUUUGGCUCUGCGUUAGUGUGGUUUAUGAGCUGUUUCUCAUCUUUAUCCUCUUCCAGACAGUCCAGGACGGCCGGCAAUUUCUGAAGUAUGUCGACCCCAAGCUGGGAGUCCCGCUGCCAGAGAGGGACUAUGGGGGGAACUGCCUCGUCUACGAUGCGGACAACAAGACCGACCCCUUCCACAACAUCUGGGACAAGCUGGACGGCUUUGUUCCUGCACACUUCAUUGGCUGGUAUCUGAAGACCCUCAUGAUCCGCGACUGGUGGAUGUGCAUGAUCAUCAGCGUCAUGUUCGAGUUCCUGGAGUACAGCCUGGAGCACCAGCUGCCCAACUUCAGCGAGUGCUGGUGGGACCACUGGAUCAUGGAUGUGCUCGUCUGCAAUGGGCUGGGCAUAUACUGUGGCAUGAAGACCCUCGAGUGGCUGUCCCUGAAGACAUACAAGUGGCAGGGCCUCUGGAACAUUCCGACCUACAAGGGCAAAAUGAAGAGGAUUGCCUUCCAGUUCACGCCCUACAGCUGGGUCCGCUUUGAGUGGAAGCCUGCCUCCAGUCUGCACCGUUGGCUGGCAGUGUGUGGCAUCAUUUUGGUGUUCUUGCUGGCAGAGCUGAACACAUUCUACUUGAAGUUUGUGCUGUGGAUGCCCCCUGAGCACUAUCUGGUCCUGCUGCGCCUGGUCUUCUUUGUGAAUGUGGGCGGAGUGGCCAUGCGUGAGAUCUACGACUUCAUGGAUGACCUGAAGCCCCACAGGAAGCUGGGACAGCAGGCUUGGCUGGUGGCGGCCAUCACGGUCACCGAGCUGCUUAUUGUGGUGAAGUACGACCCGCACACACUUACCCUGUCCCUCCCCUUCUACAUCUCCCAGUGCUGGACCCUCGGCUCUGUCCUGGUGCUCACCUGGACUGUUUGGCGCUUCUUUCUACGAGACAUCACCUUGAGGUACAAGGAAACCCGGCGGCAGAAGCAGCAGAGUGACCAGGGCAGAGCUGUCAGCAAUGGGGAUGGGCUCCCAGGCCCAGAUGAUGACCUGCUGGGGUCCAGUGCUGUGGAAAAGGAGGGGGCCUUGACCUCCUCGUGAACCCUCUCCCCCAGUCAGGCCUUGCCUCUUCCCCCAGGGCUGUUCCCUUUUCUUCUGUGCUCAGUAGAGGGCAGCCCAAGAGGAGGGGAAGGAGGCCCCAACCCCGUCCAUAUCCAUGUGUACGAGUGUGUGUGUGCUUGCAGGUGAGUGUUUGCACAUGUGUGUCAGAGUGUGCUUGGCUCCUGAGGCAUCUCCAGGACUGUGAGCUGGUCAGCAUGGCUGUGGCUCUUUAGAGCAAGGGUAUAGCCUGAGUGCAGCCCAGGAGAGGCAUCUCGGUGCCUUUUUCCACUCCCUUUGGGAUGGGCAGAGGCCCCAGAAGACCUGCUGCCCUCACUCACCUCUGAGCAGCACAAGUGAAGGACAUCGUCUACCAACACCAAGGUGGUUGAUGAGAAGCAGCAGCCUUUGUUUAACGCAGACUGUAACCUAGAGGAUGUGUAGACAGGGUUGGAGGUCACCAGACUGGCCCCUUGAGGCACAUUGAGUCAGAGACUCCAAAACCCAAGGUCCUGUACCCCGACUGCUGAAGUCUUAUUUCUGUGACUCCUAAGUUUAGGGUCAUCUCCUCGAGCAAACAGAACAAAUAAAGUGACCAUGAAGGUGCACAGCCUCCAGCCUUGCUUCCUGCCCCCAUCUGCUGUCCCAUGCUUCCAGGGAUUUCAUGGAAGAAAGGCGGCGGCUCGAGGUCCCUAUCACAUCCCAUCAGAGCAGGGGGUUCCAGUGGGCACAGCUGCUCACAGGACACAUGUUCUGGGUGCCAGUCACCUGGGCUUUCCACAACCACACACUGCCUGCCACAUGGUCUCUUACUGGGACAUAAAGCCAGUUUCCACUGGGGAGUGGGAGUAGAGAUGGAGCAGGAUUCCUGGGAAGGAGCGACUAUCUUCUUAGGCUGGUAUCUUUUAAAACUUUAAUAAAUGUUUCUGUUACCUGGGAGGCACAAGCCUGCAAGCCCAGCACUCGGGAGGCUGAGGCAGGAAGAUUGCAAGUUCAUGGCCAUUCUGGGCUACGUAAUGUGGGUUGCAUAGUGGCACCCUGUCUCAGGUGGGGAAAAAGUUUGGGGGACUGUAAUCCCAGCCACUUGGAAGGCUGAUAUUGGGAGAAUUACGGUGUUAGGCCAAUUCAGGCAAAAAGUUGGUGAGACUUCAUCUCAACAAACAAGCUGAGCAUGGGGCUUUGUCUAUAAUCCCAGUUACUCAGAUGGCAUAGGGUAAGAGUAUCAAAGUUGGAGGCCUGGCUCCAGUCAAAAACGUGAAACCCUAUCGAAAAAUACCUAAUGUGGAAAAGGGCUGGGAGGUGUGGCUCGUGCUAGAGCACCUGCUUAGCACGUAUGAGGACCCUGAGGCUCCCAGUACCACCCAAAGUUUCUGGUUUUGUUUUUGCAUUCCUGGGAAUAGAAUCAAGAGCCUCUCAUGUCCUAGGCAAGCGCUCUGCCAAUGAACGUGACUCAACACACCAUGGACGUUUCUAGCACAAUUGAGAGCUGUACAAUGAUCUGAGCCCCCGACCUGGACACAAGUGAAACCCUGCUCCUAUGGAGGUAGGUUGGACACAGACCUACCUCGGGUAGGGCUGGGACCCCAUGGGCCAGAGCUCAAAGACACAAAACUUUUGUUUCUUUACUUUUUUAAAAUUGUUCUGGGGAAAUUUUCACCCCUUCAGAAG